AAGCAAGUUCAAAGGAGACUGCUCGACAAGUUGUUUUUGUUGCGAUCGCUUGCUGGACUCCCUAUUUCCUUCGUAGACUAGUGUAACAUUGUUUUAUAUGUUGUGGAAUAUACAAUUACUUUCGACGGUUAGCUGAACGGCUUUACCUAAGUUUGCACGUAUAUACGGUGUGGGGUGUGCUUUAAUUGGAACGAGACGACACUGGGAAUAAACGAUCAAAGUGGAUAAUGGACGGAAACCUCCUGGACGCAGGGAAUGGAGACGCCAUAGCGAGAGACUGGGAGCUGCCAGAACUUCCUUCAGGCUCUGCCUCCCUCAUCUCCACUCCGUCCUUCCCGACCUCACAAGAGCUGGCCGAGAUAUUCGGAAACAGCGACGACGAAGAUGACGAUUUCCCCUUCCCUCCUCUCUCGGGUGGCCUCGCUGCUGUGGGCGGAGCUUCAUCGGCCAUGGCGCCGUCACUAGGAGGGCCACAGCAGGGUCAAGGUUCAGAGUCCCUCCUCUCUUCUCUGAUGGGGCCAGAGACCAAGCAGCCUCCGUUACACGACGGAGUCUCGGAGCACUUACCAGUACCCUCUGCUAUUCAGACGCCACCAUCUGAGGAGAAUAGAACUUCAACAACAAGUAGUGAUACUAGUGCUCACCAAAGAAAGAGUCCACGUAUCAGUUCACGUCUGUCAGACGUGAAGACAGACGACAAGAUAAGAAAAGCCAAGCCUCCACCAGCCGAGAUGAAAAUUUCGGAAACACCAACAUCCCCAGAGAAAGGUGCACCACUGAAGUCUCCAGCCAGUGCUGCAGCUAAUGCUAACAGCAAGGCUACCAAGCAGGAAAAGGAAGCACCGGCGAUAGAGGAGGGAGAGAAGAAGGAGGAGGAGGGGGAGGAGGAGGAGCGGGGACAAGAGAGUGAUGAUGAAGAAGAUGAAGACGAAGAGGGGGGAUCGAUAUCGGACGAUCCUGACCGGCUCUGGUGUGUCUGCAGAAAACCCCACAAUGACCGGUUCAUGAUAUGUUGUGAUGUGUGUGAAGAGUGGUUCCACGGAGACUGUGUGGGUAUCUCAGUCAGCCAGGGAAGAAGGAUGGAGCGGGCCGGCAAGGAAUACAUCUGCCCUGUCUGUACAGAGAGGACAAAACUCGAGAAGGAAAUAAAAUCAGCAAGCAGGAUGGCUCGCCAGGAAAAAAGGGAAGAAAUGAGAGAAACACGGCAGAAAUCUGCGACCGAAAAACAUGGGAAGGACUCUCAUAGACGGAGGUCGUUAAGUGGUUCUCAAUCGUCGUCGGGCGUGGCCAAAGAGGGCGGAGAUAACUACGGGAUAGACCUCCUGUUCCAGCCGGACAAUGCUCCGCCCAGAACUCCGCCCACUUCCGGGACGCAGGAUGGAGAGAGGAGAGGAAGAGUAAAGAGGCGGAAAAGAUCCUUCUACAGGAUAAAGGAGGAGUCCGAUGCCGUGAUGUGUAUAGUCCCACAAUGCUCCGCCCACACAACGUCGCCAUCGCUAUACUGCAGUGACGCAUGCAUCGAGACAUACGCGGCAGACUCUCUCAGAGAUCUCGCCAGUCGAGGGAUAACCUUUGAGACUGACCCCUCGGAGUUCGUUCGGGGGUCAAAGGGCAUCUCGAUGGUCGACAAGGCAACGGGGAAGACAGUGAUUGGUAUCCAGGCGCCCACGGACAAGACACUGGUCUCCUGGUUGAAGCAGCACCCGUCUUACCAGGUUCUUCUGCCCUCUGGAAAACACGGAAGAGAUUUGGGCUCUCGUGUAAGGCCAAAAAGACUCAAGCAGGAGAGCGAGAAGGGAGGAGGGCAGGAGGGAAUGAGGUCGGAAGACAGCCCCAGCAAACCACGUUCCCUCAACGAUCCCGAGACCGUCAGAAUGAACGCCAAGAAAGCUCUCCACCAGACCCUAUGGAAGAGGAAAGAGGCUGUUGAUGAUGUCGCAGUGGCUCAAGAGCGGGUUGAGAAGAUAGCCAAUCAGAUUGAGGUAAAACUGUUCAAUCUCCACGGCGACAUCAACACCAAGUACAAGACGAAGUACAGGAGUCUGCUUUUUAACCUCAAAGACACAAAGAACCAGGGCCUGUUUCGGAAGGUCUGUCUUGGUCAGAUAUCACCCUCGGAGCUGGUGAAAAUGAAAUCAGAGCAGUAUGCCUCAGAUGAGCUGGCAGAAUGGAGGGAAAAGACAUUGAAAAAGGAUCUGGAUAAGAUAGUGGAGAGAGAAGAGGAGGAAGGGAGCAACAAGAAGGUCAUCAGGAAGAUCACCUACAAGGGAGAAGAGGAGAUAGAGGCAGAGAAGAUAGAAGCCAUUGAGUACUUUGUCUGUACACUACUCUACCGACACCUGCACUCCCUUCUCUACUACUCUACCCUACUAUACUCUAACUAGUCUCUCUCAAUUUCUAUGGUCGUCUGUGCAGACGAUAGCUCCACCACCUGAAGAGGUUGCUGUCACACCUUCCACUCCACUCACACCCACUUCUGCUACUAAGGUCCCCGUCCAAUCCACGGAUGGGACAAAGGCAUCGGACAGUGGGACAAGUACAAGUGGAAAGCAGGACGCACCCAAGUCUAAACCGACAACUGCUACAAAACAAGAUGCGUCGAAAGCGAAACUGAGCAAAGACAAACCGAAAUCUGCCAGUGCGAGCAAAAGCGAACCCAAUACCAAGCCUGAUUCAAAACCCGCAGUGGGAAAGGAGACAGACGCUACAGAAGAGAAGCCAAGAGGAGGUGUUUUGGAUCUUCUAACUGACACAACUGCUGAACAUGAGAAGCACAUUUACCAUCCUCAGUGCCAGGUGUGCUUGGGAAAGAAGUCUCCUCCGGCUCAAACCGACACCUCUCGAGAUGAAGAUGGUGCACAUGCUUCAGGUACAGAUGUGGAAGAAAUGCAGACAGAGAGUCUCCCCCCAGCAAUUCCUCUCUUGUGGGAGGGACUAGUUGAUAUGCCUGGUACUGUUGCCUUCACCUCAUCUGCCUACCCUGUGUCCGGAAGUUUUGACUACGUCACCACAGUAAGACCUCGUCGUGCAUGAAAUUCUGUUUUAGAUAACCAACGGUAAACCCGAUAUACUCUUCUUACGCACAGCAUCGCAUCGCGC